CGUCGCUCGGUCUCUCCGCUAUUUACUAGCACUGCCUGCGGCUGGCUCUGUACCCAUCGUGCACCGCGGGAUAAAGAUGGCCGGUGUGCUGAAGAAGACCACUGGCUUGGUUGGAUUAGCUGUAUCCCAGAAUCCACAUGAGCGUCUAAGAAUAUUGUAUUCCAAGAUUCUGACCGUACUGCAGACCAUCCCUCAAGAUGCUGCGUACAGGAAAUACACUGAGCAAAUUGUCAAUGACAGAGUGAAUGCCAUACAGACAGAAAAGGAUGUUCAGAAACUGGAGGCUAAAAUCAACUGUGGGCAAAUAGAAGAAGUUCUCGUGCAGGCAGAGAAUGAACUGUCCCUGGCAAGAAAAAUGACAGAAUGGAAACCCUGGGAACCUUUAAUUGAAGAACCUCCUGCUAAUCAGUGGAAGUGGCCAAUUUAGUACUUCAAAUCUGUGUAAAUAAGUGUACAAAGUCAUAAGGAAACAUUGGAUAGGAUGUUUUCAUGUUUAAAAACAAUAAAGAAAAUCGAAAAUGUUAUGGUGUGUAA